AACUUGUUUCUAAUAUUCCAAAAAAUUUCAGAUAAGUCUUGUGAUUCACUUGCUCAAAAAUGGCACCUAAAGCAGCGGACUCAGCGAACAAGAAGGGCAAAACUCACGUCAGCAUCGUUAUCAUUGGCCACGUAGACAGUGGCAAGUCUACAACAACUGGUCAUUUGAUCUACAAAUGCGGUGGAAUUGACGAGAGAACGAUCCAGAAAUUCGAAAAGGAUGCUCAGGACACUGGCAAGGGGUCUUUCAAGUAUGCAUGGGUUAUGGACAAACUCAAGGCAGAACGGGAGAGAGGAAUCACUAUUGAUAUCGCACUGUGGCAAUUCGAAACCGACAAAUAUGACGUCACGGUUAUUGAUGCUCCUGGACAUAGGGAUUUUAUCAAGAACAUGAUCACUGGUACAUCACAAGCUGAUUGCGCAGUAUUGAUUGUGGCGUCAGGUGUUGGUGAAUUCGAGGCCGGAAUUUCUAAGAAUGGACAGACACGUGAGCACGCUCUGUUGGCAUUCACUCUUGGAGUUAAGCAGCUUAUCAUCGCCUGUAACAAAAUGGACAGCACAGAGCCACCUUUCAGCGAAGCGAGGUUUAAAGAAAUUCAGAAAGAAGUGUCCACCUACAUCAAGAAGAUAGGUUAUGUCCCUGACUCAGUUCCUUUCGUUCCCAUCUCAGGAUGGCACGGAGAUAACAUGAUUGAGCCGUCUAGUAACAUGUCUUGGUACAAAGGAUGGACUUGCAAAAGAAAAAACGAGAAGAAAGAGGAGGUAACCACAACUGGCAAAACGUUGAGGGAGGCUUUGGAUAACAUUAUGCCACCAGCGAGACCCACAGAAAAGCCACUACGACUACCCCUCCAGGAUGUAUACAAGAUAGGUGGUAUUGGAACAGUGCCCGUCGGACGUGUAGAGACAGGAGUAUUAAAGCCAGCGAUGAUUGUGACUUUCUCACCCGCUGCGUUGAGUACUGAAGUGAAGUCAGUUGAAAUGCACCACGAGCAACUUACCGAAGCUGUGCCGGGAGAUAACGUGGGAUUCAACGUGAAGAACGUAUCAGUUAAAGAAGUGAAGAGAGGAAUGGUUGUAGGCGACAGCAAGAAUGAUCCUCCUAAAGAAGCAAAAGAAUUUUACGCCCAAGUCAUCGUCAUGAACCAUCCAGGAGAGAUCCAUGCUGGAUACUCCCCAGUUUUGGAUUGCCACACAGCACACAUAGCUUGCAAGUUCAAGGAGCUCGCGGAAAAGAUUGAUAGACGAUCUGCUAAGAAACUGGAAGACAACCCCAAAAUGAUUAAAAGCGGAGAUGCAGCCAUGGUUUGGAUGGUUCCAUCGAAGCCUAUGUGUGUUGAAAAAUUCUCAGACUACGCUCCCCUGGGAAGAUUUGCGGUUCGUGAUAUGAAACAAACGGUGGCAGUUGGCGUUAUCAAAGAUGUGAGGAAAACUGAGGCGACAGGAAAGGCUACCAAGAGCGCACAGAAAGCCGCCAAGGGAAAAUGAUCUGUUCUGCUUGAAAGAACUCAAUUAUUUGUGUUUCAAGAUAUGUACAGGUGCUUUUAAACAAUCCUGAAAUUGAAGUUUGGGUGCAAACUUUUUAUUGAUCUCAAUGAAAUGAGUGAACUUAAGGAUUGAUUUUAAAUUAAAGGUUUUUUUGGAUUGCCGUAUUAUCUCGGAGAGCCCUAAGUAAAGGGCUUUCUGUAACUUACUAAUUUAAGUUCUUUAUUUUCAA